CAAAAUCUGUGUAGACGGCGACGCUUUUCAGGUAAUGGCAGUUGUGUCCUCUUAUUAACCACUAUUUCUUCUCCAUCCAAAACAGAGGUUGCGGAGCUUUUCCGAUCGUGAAAAUCGACAAUGGCUCAUAGCUUAGAGCUACAGAGCACGGGAAUGUUAUCUAAAGAACAGUUGCUUCUUCUCUUCGAUCGCUUCUCUCAACUCACUUCUCAGCCUGAUGUAAAGAAAAGAAUUAAAGAUGGCGUCAAUGAUAAACAGGAAGCUGUUGCUGUUACUACUGCAAUCCAGGAAGCCAUAUUUUUGGAGAUGGGGAUUGAUCCAAGUUUUGGUAUAUCAUGCCUAGGGAAAGUGAAUAUGGUUUAUGAGAAUGAUCAGGAUUUGAUGAUUCGCUUCUAUAAAUUUGUUGCAAGUGUUGAUGUUCUGUCAAUUGACAGUGAGGAGAUGGCCUGCGAUGAAGCUGAGCUUGGACCAAAAGAGUUUACUGAAAAAAUGCAGAGUCAACAAAAAUUGCAUGAACAGCAACUGAAGAUGCUGAAGUAUAUGCGCAAAUUUCACCUGGACGACCAAUCUGUAAUUCUUGGAAAGUUGUACCAGCAGAUGCAAAAUGCUGAUUUUAUUGGUGAGGCAUCAGUUUUAUCAUCAGAACAAAUACAGGAUAUUGUUCAAAGGAGGGUGUCACCUUUAUUUAUGCCCAUGUAGAUUAGAAUUCACAUAUCAGUUGGUCUAGUUUCAGUUUAGCGGACUACAUUGAGUUUGUACUUUAUGCAAGCCAUUGUUUGUUGUAGCAAAUGCUUGCCAUGUACAAUGGAACUUUGCACCGAGUUUAUAUAAUUUUUCCCUUUAUUUCUUUUGUCCCUU